AUGGCGGCGGCGAUGGCGAGCAUCGGGAUCAUGGACGGCGCCUACUUCGUCGGGAGGGGCGAGAUCCUGCACUGGAUCAAUGCCACCCUCCAGCUCUCCCUCACCAAGGUCGAGGAGGCGGCGUCUGGGGCCGUGCAGUGCCAGCUGAUGGAUAUGGUUCACCCUGGAGUGGUGUCGAUGCAUAAGGUCAAUUUCGAUGCGAAGACAGAGUAUGAUAUGAUCCAGAACUACAAGGUUCUUCAGGAUGUGUUCAACAAGCUGCGCAUAGGCAAGAACAUUGAGGUCAACAAGCUUGUUAAAGGACGGCCAUUGGACAACUUGGAGUUUCUUCAGUGGUUGAAAAGAUAUUGCGAUUCUGUGAAUGGUGGAAUUAUGAAUGAAAACUACAGUCCUGUGGAAAGGAGGUCUAAGGGAUGCAAAGAACGUGGCUCAAAGGGUUUCAAUAAGCAAUCCAAAUCACUCCAAGCCAAUAGGCUUUCUGGUACUGAUUCAGCAGAUGGAGGCCCUGGAGUUGGAAAAGUCUGUAACACUUUUUCUGAAGACCAUUACAUAGAACAGAUUCAGAAGUUGUCUGAAAAGAUUGCAGACCUGAAAGUUUCUGUCGAUAGUACUGAAAAAGAAAGAGACUUCUACUUCUCGAAGUUGCGUGAUAUUGAGAUACUGUGUCAACGACCUGAGUUAGAGCAUCUCCCGAUGACUAAGGCGGUUCGGAAGAUACUUUAUGCAGCUGAUGCAAAGGAUUCACCGCUACCUGAGGCGAAUGAUAUAAUCACCAAGUCGCCAAGCUUGUUCUCAAGUGAAACUGAGUGA